GACGUCAUACAGGAAGUUUUUCAACCUGCUGCUGGACCGUCGGAGCAUCUUUUGCAGCAGCAUCAGCCUAUCUGACCUGACACAAAACAUGACAUAACGUACAGGACAGUUCACAGGACUUAUUCAGGGUUGAACCAUGUGGUGAGGAGCGGUAUGCAAUGCAGAGGAGACACAGCAGCAACACGGAUGGCAUGCCCUCUGAAAGGAGCCGUAGCCAAACUCUUGGGUCAGAGAGCAGUUUGGAUGAGGGUGGUGUAUUUGACUGCCUGAAGCCUGACUCUCCAGCUUCACCCCAGCAGAUCUUCUCUGGCCUGGUGGGUGUCCCCUCCAGCUCGGUCUCCUCUGCCCAGUUCCAGGCUGCUGGCUUAGUCCUGGGCUCUCCCCCUGAAGUUUUUAUCCAGAUGACUGCAUCAUCCAGGGAAGAAGGUGGCCCUCAUCGCACAGAGGGUGGACCUUUUCUUCCUCGACCACCCCCACACCACCAUCAUCAUCAUCACCACUUCCACCACCAGCCCCUUCAGCACAGGACCUCCUCCCUGCUCCAGCAGGCCACGGCGGGGGCUGCCUCAGAAAGGCACAGCUCCAGGGAGGAGACCCAGGAAGACCCAUCCACCCCUGCUCCAGCUUUGUCUGAGCUGAAGGCAGUUGUAACAUGGCUGCAGAGGGGCUUCCCCUUCAUCCUCAUUCUGCUGGCUAAAGUCUGCUUUCAGCAUAAACUAGGCAUUGCUGUGUGUGUGGGAAUGGCUAGCACAUUUGCCUAUGCCAAUUCUAUGUUAAGACACCAAGUGUCAUUACGGGAAGAACGUUCAGUUUUUGUUGCUUUUUGGAUCCUCGUGUUUCUCGCAGGGAAUAUAUUUUACAUCUACUACACGUUUAGUCACGAGGAGCUACACAACAGCCUCAUGUUUUCCAAGCCCAACCUCAACAGUUUUGACUUCUUUGAUCUGAUCUGGGCUGUGGGCAUCACUGACUUUGUCCUCAAGUACUUCACCAUUGGCCUGAAAUGCUUUGUUCUUUUUCUUCCCAAGAUUUUCCUGGCCUUCAAAUCCAGGGGUAAGUUCUACCUGCUGAUCGAGGAGCUGAGCCAGCUAUUUCGGGCCCUGGUGCCCAUCCAGCUGUGGUACAAGUACAUCAUGGGAGAGGACCCGUCCAACAGUUACUUCCUGGGAGCCACUCUCAUCAUUAUCUACAGUCUUUGCAAGUCCUUUGACAUCUGUGGACGUGUUUCUGCCAUUCGGAAGGCCUUUGUCAUGCUCUGCAGCACCCAGAGUUAUGGAGUCAGAGCAGGCAGUCAGCAGUGCAGUGAGGCAGGGGAUGUUUGUGCUAUUUGUCAAGCAGAUUUCAGAGACCCUAUUGCCCUGCUGUGUCAGCAUGUUUUCUGCGAGGAGUGUCUGUGUUUGUGGUUUGACCGAGAGCGAACUUGCCCGCUGUGUCGCUCCACUGUCAUCGAGACCCUGAGAUGCUGGAAAGACGGCACCACCUCGGCUCACUUCCAGAUCUACUGAGCUUUGACAACAACUCACAGGGACCAAGAAAGAUAUGGUGUGAUUAGUGCUGGUUUAACACAUUUUGCAUAGCUUUCAUCUUAGUUUGAUAACUCUCCAGGUCUGGGCUGAGAAAAAUAAUAUCACAGACUUCAGUUUGAGAGUCAUUUGAAACAAUCUGAACAAAAAAUGCAAAGUACCAUUCAAAACAAAACUAACAUGAUAUACAUUUAAAAAUUGAAAACAUUCAUGUGGACUGAAUUCAGUCGUGUCGUUCUCGCACAGUCUUGCAAUGAGUCAGUCUUUGUUUACUUGUAGCGUUGGCCACUGUUGUUAUAGGUGCUGUCUUUUACAGUUGACAUAAAAUGAGAGACUUUGAUUUGGUGUGUCUGUUAUGUAAAAUAAUCGAAGCACUCAGGCUGUUUGUGGUAAAGUUUGUACCUUUUAUUGUAUGAUUUAUAAUUUUCAUGGUUGUAUAUAUUCUUUUUUUUAUUAUGCAAUUGAUAUUUAACAUUUUUUUCAGUUUUGUCAUAGGUAUUUAAAAAAGUUUGUUCAUUUGAACAAAACCAAAUCUCAGUAAGUGGAGUAGUACUCACAGACUGCAAAAUAUUUUUGUUGCACAAUCAAUUAUAUUAUUAAGAUGUUGAGUGAUUAAGUAUGGUGAGUUGGCUUGUGACUUAAUCAACAAUUCUGUAAACAGUAGUGUCAUGGUUUAAUGUUUCUGCAAGUCACCACAAGUAAGACAUUUUUUAAUGUGUAUGGUGCAGAGGUUGAAGUUUGAAGGAUUUUUCUGCCUAUUUUUAAUUUGACUAUCUUUCAUGGUGCACACUUAAUGUAACUUACUUUCUUUAAUGCUGAAUACUUAUUUAAGAAUUGUUUCUUCUUAGGUUGCUUAUGAACAGAAUGACUCCAAAGUAAGGUGAAGUUUUCAGGUGUAAAAUAAAUCACUUUAGCUCAC